UCGCUGAUGGUAUCUUCAAAGCUGAGCUGAAUGAGUUUCUGACUCGUGAACUGGCUGAAGAUGGAUACUCCGGAGUAGAAGUCCGGGUCACUCCAACCAGGACUGAGAUUAUCAUACUUGCCACCAGAACUCAGAAUGUCCUGGGUGAGAAGGGUCGCCGCAUCCGGGAGCUGACGGCUGUUGUGCAGAAGAGGUUUGGAUUCCCUGAGGGAAGCGUUGAGCUGUAUGCCGAGAAGGUGGCCACGAGAGGCCUGUGUGCAAUCGCUCAGGCAGAGUCCCUGCGGUACAAGCUUCUGGGAGGUUUAGCGGUGCGUCGAGCCUGCUAUGGUGUCCUCCGCUUCAUCAUGGAGAGCGGUGCCAAGGGCUGUGAAGUGGUCGUGUCCGGCAAACUCCGAGGUCAGCGUGCCAAGUCCAUGAAGUUUGUGGAUGGCUUGAUGAUCCACAGCGGAGACCCGGUGAAUUACUACGUCGACACAGCCGUGCGUCACGUCCUCCUCCGGCAGGGAGUACUGGGCAUCAAAGUAAAGAUUAUGUUACCCUGGGACCCAAGUGGAAAGAUUGGCCCCAAAAAGCCUCUGCCAGACCACGUCAGCAUUGUGGAACCCAAAGAAGAGAUCUUGCCCACCACCCCCAUUUCAGAGCAGAAAGGUGGCAAACCAGAACAGCCAGCCAUGCCUCAGCCGGUUCCCACUGCCUGAGCGGUAAGGUUUGUAACAUCUGCGACCAGAAGCUUGACUGUCCUGAAAACAUCUCUUAAUAAAAUCACAAA